CUAAAUCAAAAAUUGUUACAAUUAGAAUAAGGUGUUUUAUGAUAUAAUAAGAAAAAAGGAAAAAAUAUACAUCAGUAAUACCAGCGAGAAUGUCAUCGAUACUUGUCCACAUCCUAAUGUCGAGAAGCGUCAAAAGAAAGAACUGAAAAAAAAAAAACAAUAAUGUCUACGGUUGACGCCUUGACUUAGUUGACGAUUUUUUUCAAUUUUUAUUCAAUUUACUCGAAAACUUUAUCAAACGCAGUGAUAUAAUCAGAUUACUAAUAUUUAUAUAUAAAUUACUUACCAAUGAUUUUCUUUCAAACAUAUUUGUCCCUGAGUAACCGUAGACGGAAUAUGUGCAUGGAUAUAAUGCGCGUUUUAUCAUUCUGCAUGUGCGUGAAAGAAAUGUCAGUUUAUUGAAUAUACGUAAUUUUGUUAUUGUGUUAAAAUGUAAUGCUUCCAAACAAGUGUGGAUAAUAAUUUUACUAUGUGAUAAUAGUGUGUGUGAUAAAACAGAUGAUCAAUUCAGUUGUAAUGAAACGAACAAAAGUGUAGUGUCGGGUAGUUAGUUCUUGACAGCCGGCAGGCUCGUCGUCGUAAGUGACUUACGAUUGGCCCCUUAUAAAAAUGAACAGUCGUAGUAGCGUAAAUGAAUCGAAUUUGGUGAAUCUCUCAGGGGAUCUGUCGGCAUUAAAUCAAUUGGACGCGAAAGAGUCGUUGGCGCUGAGUUUUCCAUUUGACCACAUAUACGCAUGUCAUUCAGAGGACUCAGAUCGGCGACAAGCACAUCUUGACAAGGAAGUAGAAGUUUCGUCGCACCCUGAUGACAAGGAGGCAGGGGUUGCCGCGGAGCCAACCUUCGAGAUCAAUAGGCUCUCAGAGAGAUUAACUGCUGCUGAAAUUCAAAACAAAAGGUUGAAAAAUUUGCUUGUGUAUCAUCUGGAUUUGAUACAACAACAAAAUGAACUUAUAACUAAAAAGGACAAACAGAACACUGCUCUGAAAUUGGAAAAUGACUCUCUUAAGUCUAAGGUGACACGUAUGGACAGGAGGAUAACCGUGAGUCAAAGGCAUAAUGUUAACCCUGCACCUGUUAUAAAUGUCCCACCCCCAAAUGCUACUUCUACUACUAUCAAGAGUGAACCUGCUACUACUGAUAAUCAGGUAGUGUUUAACAGUCUAACAGAUUUUUUGGUGCCAGAGAGCAGAGCAAAUUCAUAUGUUUUCAAUAAUGAUGCUUCUAAAACCAAACAUUUGAUGCCACCGGAGUCUUUUGAUUUAAACAGACCUUCUGAAACAGACGUAACAACAUAUUUGCCCGGUGACAUCAGCGUGCCUUCGAUUUUGGACAACAGUAGCCUGCAAUGCGAUAACUUCGGCACCAUGAUUGAGAAUAAGCGAUCGUAUAUCAAAAAGGAAAUCAAGACUGAACCCCGACCCGAACCACUGUACACUGUCACGUCAAACAGGUUCGGAAACACGGUGAUACAGAAAAUACAGAGGAAUCGGAGAAGAACAUCUGGCAGUUUGGGCAGCUUGAGUCGGCUGCCUAAAACUCCAACAGUCAAAACUGAGCCACCGGAAAAUGUGAAUAUGUUCGACGAUGAUAAAGCGUUUGAGCGCACUUUUAGUGUAAAUAAGAAAUCUAAAAUGAUAAAUACCUAUGGCAAGUCUAAAACCUCCACUCUUCCAAAGAAAACGCUUCACUACACCGGUUCGCUGUCUGAUCGGCUACAGCUGAUCGACACGACCCCUACCGGGGAAGACCCUUACCAACUAGGGGAAGCGGACAUGAGGGAGCAAUCGCCGAUACCAAAACUUAUGCUUCAAAAAACUAAUCAUGGGAGAAUGAAAAUAUGUUCGGACCUCUCGGGAGACAGUGCAGCGUCUUCUAGGCGGAUAUACGAUGUGCCAGCAACCGAAACGAGUACUAAAAUGCCAAAUAAAAUAAAAUUAGAGAAAAGGUAUAAUUUGCCAAAUAUAGUUCCGUAUUCAGCGCCUCAAUCAACUACGCAUACAUCUACGCACACGACGCAGACGCCUUCAGAUGCGUGUACGCAUGUGUCUACGUACACGCACGUUACUAAGCCGGACGCCCUGACGCCUAAGCGAAUAGCUACGUUAACUCCUAAGCAGACGUCUACACUCACGACGAAUGCGUGCACGCAUAUGUCUACGUACACGCAUCCGACGCGGAACACUUCGACGCGUACAGGUGCCUCGCACAAGGCAACGAAAGGCCAGCACAAGUCGCCUCCGGCUGCGUCUCGCAAGUCGCCACACUCGGCCGCCAGUAAAGGUUUGCAAAAAGGCGUACUCAAAAGCUCUCUUACGAGUCCACACACGACGAUGGCUUCGCUGACGCCGCUGCACGGCGUGCCGCUGUCGGGCUUGCAGACGACACACUCGUCACUGACCACGCCGUUGACUCCCGUUUCGGCCUCACUUACAAUACCCGAAAUUAAAAAAGAAUCUCUCGAGUCGCCGACGACGUCGCCCUUAAUGCAGCAAUCAGAUCUGGAUAACAUAAAGAAAGAACCGAAUUUGGAAUGGCCUUUAUUCUCAACGUUAUAUUCAACAGCGAGAACUGAGACUAGUUUAUGCGAUUUCUCGUAUGGUGAAAACCCGAAUUUGACACCUCUGCCCACUCUUGAUGUUUCGGAAUUUCGUCAGCUUAUUGAUGCGGAGGCCGCAGCAGAGGCCGCAGUCGAUGCUCUUACAAACAAUUUAGAUUACGGCUCCAUUGAUAAGAAUGAAACCGAUAAGAUGAAAAAAAGGGGAGCGCGGACCACUAGUUUAGUUGGGCCCGAAGAGGAUCCCUCGGACAGUCGACGUGGCAUGGGAAGCAAACGUGGUAGGAAACGAGCGCUGUCAGCUGCAGGAGUCAUUAAAAACUCGAAGCAAAAUUUAUCGAAACCAGUCGGGCCCAAGGCAAAGAUGGUCAAGGGUAAAGCUGCUUGCCGCGGCAAGAAAUCUCCGCUGCCAGGAAUGAUGACGAGGAAACCGUAUCACACCCUGGUGGGAGACCCGGACCUAUCGUGGUACCUCGGCCUGGACCCCGACGUUAAAAUGGAAGACAUCGAUCAAGGGGACUGCAAAGCCUCCACUGUAGAGGUACCGAGAUGGCGAGAGAAGCCGUACACUAGUUUAUAUAGUCUUGAAGGAACAGAGAAUUUAGAUGAUAAAGUUUUUGAAAAACGACAUCAAAAAUUAGAAGCUGAAGAGCGCAGACAAUUGAGGUGGCAUAUGCGUCGGAUUCGGGAGCAAAGGCACGUGGAGCGUCUACGCAUGCGUCAGAGGGAUCCUUGGUACAGCGGUCACUCGCCCUACCAACCGUCUGUGUACACGAUUUGGCCACAACCCCAAAGAGAUGUUAGAAUGAUCGAGAUCACAGAUACUAUACCCGUCAUGGCUUUCGGGGAAGAUCUGCCAGAUCUGCCACCUGCUGACUUUAUGCUACCGUGGGUGAGAACGUCGAAAGCUUUGAAAAGGUCCAAACGUUCGAAGACGCUACACUGAUUGUUCGCGGCCUGCGUGGUCGCUCUACAAUACGCACUUAAGCAUGAACUUCGUGCGAUCCGGCUUCCAGUCUCCACAGCAUUGCCCAUGGAGAACAUUUCUUAUCUAUAAGCAAAUUAGACUAGCAGGUAAUAUGUAGGUAACAAUAGUUUGGUCAUAAAGCGAUGUGAACUGCCUUAUUUAUUGACAAUUUUAUUCGAAUGUUGGUGUAAUUCUCGCCAAACUUUAUGACGUAUCGGAAUAUUGCCGCUACCAGUUCAGGUGCCGAAAGAAAAUAUUUUAGGUAUGCGCAUUAUGUACCUGUGCUCGGAAGUUAGUUGCGAGCCGCCAUUAAGUUUGGCGAUAACUUUGCUACCAAAGAAUUUACGUGUCAUGAUUGAAAACUAAACCAUGUGCCUAAGCCGGAUUUCGUUCUUUCAAAAUGUAUCAAGUAUGGAAAUAAUGUCAGAAACAAGUACUCCAUUUGAUACUCAAUAGUCCAAUUCAUUUAAAAUGAUGUGAACAAAUCCGAAAGUGUGCAUGACAUGUAAAUUAUUUGUUUAUUUAACGGCGUUCGUAUACUCCAUAGUCUGUACCUACCCAAAUAUCAUUAAGCUGAAUGACAGACAUUUUCCAUAUUCUGAUAACAACGCGCUUCCAAGUAAUAUAGUAUUAGUAAGUUCAUUAAAUUGAUCUAGAGCAGUUACAGUUUCAAAAUACUUCAUAAUCAUUUCACUGACUUGCAUAAAAUGAUGAAAGAGGGUCUGAUGAUUAUAUAUUUCAUAACUCAUCACAAACAAACAGGUAUACUUACCUAAUAACUCUAUAUGAGUGGGCACUUAAAUAAAAGGUAAACUAACUUAAACUUUUCCUAGUCUAUGUUUACGUAGAGUGAAGAAACUUCAUGGUUGCGAUUGCGUUGGUUUUGGCGGUAAUUACGAGAUCCACAUCGUGUUUAUGCUCGUCAGAAAAUAGGACUGGCCGUUUAUCGAGUCACGAGAUAAAUAUUUGAUGUUUUAAGCUCUCUAAGGCUGUGUUUUGGGCCAGGCGAGUGUGCGUUGAGAUAGAAUGAACACUACAUAUUUGACUGUCACGCAAAUAUAAGGGGUUUAUCGAACUAGUGUUUGAAAGGGUCGUUAUUCCAAGAUGGCCCUCAGCCCGAACUCGACUAAAGCGAGAGACGAGAAGAGCACAGCGGAGAUUUUUUUUACAACUGAAGAUAUUUUCUACUUAGUCCCUCUCAGUGUUCGGUGGCAGGAUGUUUGAGUGACGAAAUUCUAUUGGUUGUUUAAAAACAUCUUUGGAUAGCUCUCGUCGUCUCCGUGUUAGGGCGCUUUCAACUUAUGCGUUUCUUGACGGCCUGCUGCGGUGCCUAAGCGGUCUAACGCAUAAGUUGGAAGCGCCCUUAGUGGAGUGUGGGCCUAAAUCAUUUGUGUCGUCUUUUGUUUGUAAAUAUGGUAUGAAUCAUGAAUAAAUGACGUUUUGUAAAUAUCGAACAUAUAGAAUAUGUUCACUUUUUUCUAGUUUUAUAUUUUCUAUUUUGAAAAUAAACCAUAAAAAAAUGAAACACGUCACUCAACUUUUAGAAUAUAAUUUAUCAACAUCGUCAUAUUAUUUGCUUUCCAUCUUUUGUAACACGUUAUCAAAUAUUUAAAAAAAUAUAACAACCAUACAUGCAAAGUAUAUUCUUUCAAAAGCAAUAUUCAUUAUUCGAAUUUCUUACUUGUUUGUAGAACCUAUACGCCGGGUCUUUGAAAAGGCAAGUCAUAUUACAAUAGUGGAAUGAUUUCAUAGUGAAACUUAGUUAGUGACAUGACUAUAUGCGUAGCCAAUAAGAUUAUUUUUACAUUAUGUCAGUACAUUUAUAUAAAAAAAAGUAAAAGGAAAAAAUAUUUUCACUGAUCAUAUUUUUAUGAAGAAAAAGAAACAGAAUAAUUAUGUAGUUUCUGCAUCUUUAUUCAAGGACUGGUUUUGCUUACGGAGGUAUGUAAUGCGUAACCAGUUGUUGAGUCCUAGUCGGCAUUUGGUGACUGUAACAUUAUCCUAAUAUAAGAAAAAGUCAGUGCCUCAAAUUUUACAGCCAUCAAGUGAAACUGAAUAACUUUGGAUACGAUAACAUCGCGUACAAAGUUUUCAGUUUCUUACAUCAGCUAGAAAUAUAGUCCACUAGAAACUUUAAUAUAAAUAACCUUUUAUUUGACUUGACGAUCUUCGGAGAUUUUUGUUUUUGCCUUGACUUCAGUAAACAGGACAUACUAAUGAUCCAACGGCAUUGUACUUCAGAAUAUCACUUUUGCUUUAAAGUAGUCGUAGAACAAAAAUAACAUUAAAUGUUAAAGUUUAAAGUAGGCCUUUGGUUUAAAAUAUCCGUAUGUUGCUCCAGUUAUUCAUCACAGUCGAUUGCACAAACAAACCAAUCUGUCUUACAAGAAAUAGUUUUUUGCAGUUUACUAGUUUUUCUAUAGUUUAUGAAUUAAAAGUAGUGAUUGAUAAGAUGAUUGAAAUGGGAGAAAUGAAUGAAAAGAAUGUGAAUGAAUGCUGGAGUGAAAUGGCGACGUGUAUAAGGAAAGCGGCAAGAAGCAUUCUAGGAGGAUCAAAAGGGAACGGAGUGAUAGAGAAGGAAACUUGGUGGUGGGUGAAAGAAGUGCAUGUAAUGAAGAGGGAUGAUACGUAUGCAACAAAGUGUGUGCUAAGUAUGAAUGUAGAUGGAUAGAGAGGAACAGGAAGACCUAAGAAAAGAUGGAUUGCCUGAAAGAUGACAUGAAUAGGAAGGGAGUGUCAGUAUGACGAGUGACAGGGAAAAAUGGAAGAGCAACAUGGCAGGCAGAAGAAGACUAGUAUUUCUAUAGUUCAAAUCCGAUCAGAAAAGAAGUCUUUUUAUACAAAAAUCAUUUUGUUAACUAAACAGAACAUCGUUUGUACACUCGCGUGUACUGUUUAUAUUUGUCGUAUAAUAGAUGUAUAGUUAGAUAGACAAACAAGUUAGACAAUUACUGUUCUUGUUCGAGUACUGUAGAUAACGUUUGCUUAUUACAAAGAUACGCGGAGUGUUGGUAUCUGUGAUUGUAGAAGACUGCGUUGGAAUAGACACGUCAAACUGACGGUGAAACUAUCUAUCGGAUUGAACCAGAUCAAAGCGGAGAAGUUUUUAAAAAAGGCAUAUAUCCGCUCAGAUAUACCACAGAGUAAAUCACAGUUUAGAUAUAUACUCUUGUAAACAGUUAUGAAGCUAUCUAGUAGCGUUCGUAAAAAUUCAUCGAGCGCAUGUGUUUGAGUGACACUGUUACGAACGUUAGUACGUAACUUCUCAACUGUUUAAAAGAGAAUAUAUUUAAAAUGUGGUAAAAUGUUUGAAUAACGAAGUUUUCUUGGUUGUUUAAAAACUUCUUUGUUUCCUUCCGCUUUGGUGGAAUCUAGGGCUGAAUAUGUAAGCUCUAUGUCAAAUCAUGGAAGUUCCAAUACUUUAUGGCACAAUAAAAAGCAUCACAGUCGGAUGUGAUACAGUUCGCAGUUUUACUUUCAGUUCACUCAAGGUACGUUUCGAAUUCUUGCUGCCGGCUGCGACUGCCGACCGCACAUGCCGACUGCAUGAAGUUGACCGCAGCUGCACUACGGGUUUGUAUGUAUUGGCAUGAAACCCACGUGCAGUUGAGCUGUCAAAUUUUUUAUAUCUGACAGCGACUGCACACUGCUGCCGCUUCGAUCCAAAACGGUUAAUACAUACGCAAGUAGUGCUGCUGCGGCCGACUUCAUGCAAUCGCGGUAAGUGCUGUCGGCGGUUACAGACGGCAGUUAGCAUUCAAAACCGUUCCUGCAUGCUAUUUCUUAAACUAUUGUCAUCGAAAUUACUCACGGUUACAAGUAGCACUUCUCUCAAAAGUUUCAUGGCACCAACAGAAAAACACACUUAACAUACCUGUUAAAACAGACUUCUUAAAUUUGAUAUCAGCUAAGUUUCAUUUCGUUCUAUAACUUUCACAAAAUUUAAUGUUUGAUGUUAAUUGUUAAACGAUUCUUUCAAAGUUACAUCUACAGGCGACUUUUGCAUAUAAUAAUCAUCAUUUUAUGGAAAAGCCGUUUGUAUUUAGUACAUGUUAAAUACUAUUACAAAUAAUAUUCAUAAAAAAAUUAAAAAUGGAUGGAUAACUAACGGAAAUUAGGUAAUAAAUAUAAAGAUAGCUGUACAUAUUACUAAGGUUCUAUAAUUUGAUACAUCUUAUUUCGAAGGUAUUAUUUUAUAAGGCUUCAUUUACCUAACUUUGGAAUUUCACGCUUUGGCGUUUUUUGUGUUAUGUCUAAUCCUUUGCUCGCAGAACUGCAAAAUUAUUUAUCAAAAGGGUUAUGAUUUUUUUCUUGUGUUUAUCAAAACUCAUAGUAGUUUGGGGGUGCCGAAUUAUUUGUUACAAUCUUGAGGUUCUACAUAACAAUUCAUAAAAUGCACCCAUGUCCAUUGUCAAUAAUUAGUAUAACUGCACCGAUAUAACAUUAAUUAUUUCCAUUGUAUAGUCAACAGCAAAAUACUAUGAUAAUUUAAAAUAAAUAAAUCUUGUAUAUAAGGUACAGAAUAAUAUUUAUAAUUAAGUUUCAGUCGCAAAAUUGUAUUGCAAUAAUGAAUUAGUUUUGUUGUUGGCUGUACUGUGAUAAUUAUGAAUUUGACUUUCAUCAAUCCUUGAUUGGUAUUAGGUAUAUUUUUGUAUACAUAAUAAAAUAUCUUAUUUAAUAUUUUCUUAUCGGUUUCCUGGUGAGCUAAACCAGACUAGUUUUUUUUGUGGUAUAUAAAUUAAAAUCGUGAUACUUUCUCAUUACAUUCCUUCCCUUAUUUUUCAUGAAAUUAUUAUUUUGUCCUUAACCCUUAGAUGCGUAGUUUUUCUUUACUAUUUAUACUUGAUAUUAGUGAUGUCUUUUCGAUGCAUAAUAAUGAACAUCGUUCAUAUUGAAGCAAUAUUUACCUAUUUUCGUUUACCUAAUAUCGGUAAUUUCAGUAUAUUUUCUUUUGUUGUCUAUCAGUUCUUCGAAAGUGAAUGAUUAUGCAUGCUUUUUCACUUGAAGUUGUAUUUCAUUUUUUGUUUAUUUUUCUGUAACUCUGCAAUAAAUAAGGGCAAGUCUUUCGUUUAUAAACUUUACAUAAUUAUACUUUAGCUUUUAGGGUUUUUUUACAUUGAACGUUCGGUCGUGCGGUUGCGAUACUGAGGUAACACCGCAUGUUUUGUAUGUUCUGAGAUCAGCGUAUAACAAGGUGUUAUGAGCUUAACGUGACGAUGUCGACUCUGUCUCGUUAUUUACGCGUUAGCCAAAUAUAAAAUGUUCAUUAGCAUUACGAAUUAAAAUGAGUUUUUGUCAAUCAUUUAAUUAAUAUUUAUUGCGAAUGAUAUAAUUUUGUAAAUGAUCAAUUUUCGAUCAUAAUCAAAUCAUAAUGUCUUUAUAUCAACAAAUAAAUGGAUGAAUAUUGUAAAUAUUUUGGGAAUUAGAGUAAAGUACCUUAGCACUACGUAAUUACAAAUUUAUGUUAGAAAAUUGUCUUUUAGUUAUAUAGAUCUGUGACAUAAUAAGAUUUGCAAAACAAUAAUCGUUUCGGUUCACUUGUAAGUUACGUAUAGCGUUUAGAUAAACUUUAAUGUAAAAUUCCGUUUAACUAUAGUUUUAAGAAGUUUUGCAGUCACGAUAUUAAUCAAAUCUCUACAAAGUUGAUAUGAUUGACUGUCGUAGGUAUUUAAUGUAAAUUACACUGUUAUAUGUGUCAUAAAUUAUAGAGCACUAUACCUGUAUCUAGUUAUAAAUGAAGUAUCUUAGGUAUUCAGGAGAAUAUGGGUGAAUUAAAGUAAACCGGGAGUCUAUUUACGAUGUAGGACAAUUUUUCUCAUAAGUUAUGUAGCGUGUGUAAGAGAACUAAUGCUUUAAUAUUUGUUUUGAUAUUCGGUGAUUGUUUGUGACGCGAAUCGUAAAUUAGAUCAAAAUUGUUUCAACAUACCGUGACUUCAAAUAUUGUUGGUAUGUGCAAAAGGUUUGCUUCGAAUAUUUUUUUUUGUUAUUAAAGCAAAAGCGGUACGUAGAUAUAUUAUUUUUGUAUUUGCGUUGUGUGUACGUUAAUUGAUUAAAUGUAAAUAAUAGUGUUGAAUGAGAUUUUUUUCAUUGAGGCCGUAUAUUGGUCUUCCUAUUAAAUAAUUAUUUUGAUGUAAUAAUCUGGUAUGUAAUUAAAUGUUAGAUUUUUGGAAUUGUUUUUAUGUGUCGUAAACUUAAAAUUAUGUUGAGUUGGAGUAUUUAUGCCAAUAAUGUCCUGUUUGCAUUUUUGUCUACGAGGUAGCCACAAGUAAACGUUGUUAGUAUGCUUUCGAGCAAUAAUUAUUGUAUCCUAUCCCAAAAACUAUUGAACAUGGAUAAGUAAUAAGGCACUUCGAUGCCCGGGCGUUUUAGUCCGCAUUUAUUUUCCAUUAUUCCCCAAACAAUCUUAAAAAACUAAACGCAACUGGAAACUUGAUCAACUUUUUUGGUUAUGAUGAGUCACUUCAAAAUUAUAUAAAAAAAAAACAAUGAAAUGGAAAAAAAACAAAUAUAUGUAUUAUAAGUAUGAAAUAUAAUUUAGUCUCUUCAUAUCCUAACUCAUGGGUCGGUUUUUAGGCUUGGGCUUCUCACCGGAUUCGAAAGAAAUACAAUGUUAGUUCUAUUUAAAUGCUGACGUUACUUGUGGCUGAACAGUAGACAUGGACUUAUGUUAAGUUUAAGUAUUAUCUAGGUUACAAUUUUGUUGUUCGAUAGUAAGCUUAUUAUUAUAAUUUCUUAAUCAACAGCUGUCACAGUGCAGUUAUAUUGUUAUACGCAAGUAUAGACGCAGUGUUAUGCAGUCAUUGUUAAAUGUUUUCGAUUAUAUCCGAUAUUUGCUGCACUGUCCACUUGUCAUAAAAUAAUAAGAUCUCAUUAAUCGUUAAUUAACAAAUUGGAAUUUAAACUUUUCUUAUAAAUAUUAUGGAAGUAAAGUCGGGUACACUUGUCAUGAUAAUGUAUCUUGGUACAAAACAAUGGUAGUUAGUGAAACAUUGUACCGACUAUAAUCAAUAGAAACAAGUAUAAAAAAAACCUUGUAUAAAUUGCAUAUCAAUUCAGGCGAAGUAUAACAUCCGCAACUUCAGGAACAUUUGUCUGAAUAGUACCUUUUCUUUAUGUAUAAACUGUAGUUGUACACAUUUCUUUUUUAUACUUCAUUAAUGUAAAUUAAUCUGCUGUGUAGAUACUAUUAUAAUGUGGCAUUUAUUAAAUAAUCCUAAAAAAGGUAUGUUUCAGUGUAAAUGUUAGUCGUGUAUAUAACACACUAUUGAAAUUAGGUAGCUUAAAUAUUUAUCUUUCAGUAUAUUUAGGACUCCUAACUUCGGUUUAAUUACGAAUUCAUGUGAUACUUCAGACUAAGUUGUAUAAGUACAUUGAAAUAAAGGAACUUCGUCUCUAGAAUUUA